AUGGGAAGGUCCCCUUGCUGUGAUGAAAGUGGCCUCAAGAAGGGUCCCUGGACCCCUGAAGAAGAUGACAAGCUCAUCAAACAUAUCCAAAAACACGGCCAUGGCAGCUGGAGAGCCCUGCCCAAACUUGCUGGUCUGAACAGAUGUGGAAAGAGUUGCAGGCUCCGUUGGACAAAUUACUUGAGACCGGAUAUCAAAAGAGGAAAAUUUUCUCAAGAAGAGGAACAAUCGAUUCUCAACCUCCAUGCCAUCCUUGGGAACAAAUGGUCUGCUAUUGCAACUCACCUGCCCGGAAGGACUGACAAUGAGAUAAAAAACUUCUGGAACACUCAUCUGAAGAAGAAGUUGAUUCAGAUGGGGUUUGAUCCAAUGACUCACCGGCCGCGGACCGACAUCUUUUCAAGCUUGCCUCAUCUCAUAGCCCUGGCCAAUCUCAAAGAACUCAUUGAAAACCCUUCAUGGGAGGAUCAGGCCAUGAGAUUUCAGACAGAAGCUGUCCAAAUGGCCAGAUUGAAUCAGUACUUGCAGUAUCUUCUUCAACCUCAAGCUUCCAUGGCAGCUACUUUCCCAAACAAUCUAAGCACCAUCAAUACAAACAUGGUGUUAAACACACCCUAUCUGGAACUACCCACCCCACCCCCCUCUCUUGCCAAUUACAAUACAAAUUACCAGGCAAUUAAUGAUUCAAUCCCUUUCUCCCAUAUGCCUGAUUUACAAGCCCCAUGCAGCCUUCAGACACCUUUGAACGGGGACAUGGUUCAGGCCAGCUCUCAUUUUGCAGUUCUUAAUCAAGGUGAAAAUUCACCUUCUUCUCCAUGGCUUCCUCCAACAAUCUCUCCUACUCCAUCUCCAGCUGCCGCCCAACCAAUGGCUGAGACUUCCAACACUAAUACUGGAGAUGCUUGUAGUACUUCUAGCUAUGGAGGAGCUCCAUUGUGGUCUGAACUUCUUGAUGACCCUAUAUUUCAUGAGAUUGCUUAG